CCACGCUCUGGGUCCGGGCUCCUCGCGCGGGAGACCAUGUCCAGCGGCAGCAGCUGCAGCCAGACCCCAAGCCGGGCAAUCCCCACCACUCGCCGGGUGGUCCUCGGCGAUGGCGUGCAGCUGCCGCCCGGGGACUACAGCACCACUCCCGGCGGCACGCUCUUCAGCACCACCCCAGGAGGUACCAGGAUCAUCUAUGACCGGAAGUUCCUAAUGGAGUGUCGGAACUCACCUGUGACCAAAACGCCCCCGAGGGACCUGCCCACCAUUCCCGGGGUCACCAGCCCUGUGGGUGAUGAGCCCCCCACAGAUGCCAGCCAGAACCACCUGCGCAGUAGCCCAGACGACAAGCCGGCGGGGGCGGGCGGUGAAGAGUCACAGUUUGAGAUGGACAUUUAAAGGACCAGCCAUGGGAUCGAGCAAUGCCUCUGGGCCCCAGUGGCCCCUUUUGGGAGAAGGAUCCCACCAGCCAGGCCUUAUGAAAGUUGCCAUCCUGGGCAGGCGUUGGGCGUGGGGUCGGCUGCCCCAGCCCCCUGCUUCCUCACUCAGGGCACCUGCUCCCCCUUCUUCAUGAACACCAGCAGAUACCUCCAUGUGCCUCCACUCCUGCAGGUGCUGUCACCCCAAGAGGAGUGACCUCA